AUGUUGUUCAAAGCUCUCACACUCGCUUUCAUCGCCAUCAGCAGCGCCUCCGCUGCCCCCGAUGGCACCACCAACAGCCUGAACAGGCGCACCGGCACCCAAUACUGCGGUGAAGCCACCUGGGUUCCUCCACGCGGCUCAACUCCGGGGUACUGCAAAUGCCCCUACGAAGGCCAGAUCUACAAGCAGUACUCCUGCGACUGCCCCGACCCACAGACCCUCAAGAACAGAAAGUGCGUCAACAAGUGCCCUGACGAUUCAGAGUACAAGCCUGGUAGCUAUGGCAGCUGGUCUUGUGUCUGCGAUGACGACGGGGCUGCUUGGUCUUCGUCGUCUGGGCAGUGCAGCUGCAGGUCGGGAAAGGAGUCUGUUCAGGGGAAGUGUGUUGAUAAGUGUCCGGGGGGUACUACUCGACAGGGUGACGGUACAUGCAAGUGUAACGAUCCCAAGAAGGAGGUCUUCAAAGGUUCUUGUGUGGACAAGUGUCCCCAGUACUCCACUCGUCAGGAUAACGGUAGCUGCAAGUGUCAGGAUGACAAGGAGCUGGUCAAGGGUGUUUGCGUCGACAAAUGCCCUCAGUAUUCGACGCGUCAGUCUGAUGGCAGCUGCAGGUGCAAUGAUCCGAACAAGGAGAUUAGCAAGGGAGCUUGUGUGAACAAGUGUCCUAAGGAUACUACACGCCAAGCUGAUGGGUCUUGCAAAUGUGACGAUGGUAACAAGGAACUCGUCAAGGGCGUUUGCGUCUCGACAUGCCCUACCGGGUCGACCCGUCAGAGCGACAACUCUUGCAAAUGCACGGACGACAAGCAAGAGAUCGUCAAGGGAGCAUGUGUACUCGUCUGCCCGAAGGACACGACUCGCCAAAACGAUGACUCUUGCAAAUGCGAUGACAGCGGCAAGGAACUAGUCAAAGGCUCUUGCGUGCCUGGCUGUCCUAAGGAUUCGACCCGCCAAUCUGAUGACACUUGCAAAUGCACCGCCGAUAACGAAGAGAUCGUGAAGGGAUCUUGUGUCCCUGUCUGUCCCAAGGACUCAAAGAGGCAAGGCGAUGAUACCUGCAAAUGCGACGCAGAAGACCAAGAGAUCAUCAAAAACGUUUGUGUUCCUGUCUGCCCUAAGGAUUCCAAGAGGCAGGAGGACGAUACUUGCAAGUGUGACGCAGAGGAUGAGGAGAUCAUCAAGAACACUUGCGUACCAGUUUGUCCGAAGGAUUCGACAAGACAACAAGAUGACACUUGCAAGUGCGACGAGGACAGCUAUGAGAUCAUCAAGAACGCCUGCACACCUACCUGCCCUGAUAAGUCGAGCAGACAAGAGGACGAUACCUGCAAGUGUAACGAUAACGGCUACGAGAUUGUCAAGGGCACUUGCGUGCCAGAGUGUCCAAAAGACUCAAGCCGCCAAGAGGACGGCACUUGCAAAUGCAAUGCAGAUGGCUUUGAGAUUGUGAAGGACACAUGCACAGCUGAAUGUCCCAAGGACUCAAAACGUCAACAAGAUGGUACUUGUGCUUGCGACACCGAGGGCUACGAGAUCGUCAAAGGUGCCUGUGUCCCAGAGUGCCCGAAGGAUUCUACCCGCCAGGAAGACGACACCUGCAAAUGUGAUGCCGAGGGCUUUGAGAUUGUCAGCGGAGAAUGCAAGGAAAAGUGCCCCAAGGACUCAGAACGUCAGGACGACAAGUCUUGCAAGUGUACUACUGAUGGCUACGAGAUCGUCGGCGGGGAGUGCAAGCCUGAGUGCCCUGAAGGAUCUACUCGUCAGCAGGAUGACACCUGCAAGUGCGACACGGACGGUUAUGAACUCGUUAAGGGAGAGUGUAAGCCCGGGUGCCCCGACGACAGCUCUCGCCAAGAGGAUGGAACAUGCAAGUGUGCUGCCGACGGACAUGAGAUCGUUGGCGGUGAGUGCAAACCGGAAUGUCCUGAAGGAUCUACCCGUCAGCAAGAUAAGACUUGUAAGUGUGAUACAGCUGGCUACGAAAUCAUCAAAGGAGAAUGCAAGCCCGAAUGCCCCAAAGAUUCCUCACGCCAAGAAGAUGGUACAUGCAAGUGCACCGCAGCUGGCUAUGAAAUCGUCAAAGGCGAUUGCAAGCCAGAGUGCCCCAAGGGCUCAACACGCGGUGAAAAGGACGUCUGUAUCUGCGACGACAAACUCGCCGAGCUAGACACCAAGAAUAUCUGCACCUGCAAACCCGGCAACGAGCCCGUCAAAGACAAAUGCACACCCAAAUGCGAAGGCGAUUCCACCCGCGACAACGACGGUAACUGCGUCUGCAGCAAGCCCAACACCGUCCUCUCUGGUAAAAAGUGCGUCUGCAAAGACGGCUACAAACCCACCAAGAAGGGCUGCAAGAAAGACUGUGGCUCACACGCUUACGACAAAGACGAUGUCUGUGUGUGCAAAAAGGCCGGCCAGACGUUCAACGAAGACAAGACCUGCACGUGUCCUACUGAUACACGCUGGAACGGCAAGAUGUGCGCUUCAAAUUGUGGCUCUGAAGCGUGUUGGAGUAACUCCGCCAAGGGAUGUGUCUGCAAUAAAUCAGGCAUGGAUUUUGACAGUGGGACGAAAACAUGCUCUUGUCCUGAUAAGAAAGUAUGGUCCGAUGGACAGUGCCACAUAGAUUGUGGCAAACUAGCUACAUGGCACAAAAAGUCUCAAACCUGUAUUUGCCCUAAAAAGGGUCAAACCUUCAACCCUACUACUCUCGGCUGUGGAUGCACAGGUGGUAAGAUAUGGAGUGGAAAGGAGUGUAUCACCGACUGUGGAGAUUACGCCUCGUAUAACUCCCGAUCAGGCACGUGUAUUUGUGACAAGAAGGGCCAGACUUUUGAUGCAGAUGAGAAGACUUGUGGAUGUCCCGAUGGAAAGGUUUGGUCGAAGAAUCAGUGCACUGUUGACUGUGGUGAUGCAGCUUCGUGGGAUGGUCUUUCCAUUUACAUUAUCUUUUCUCUCCAAGGAAUAAGUCAGGCAGACCACAAAUCACCUUUCUCUUCAAUUCUGUGUAAAGACCAACAUCUUAUUCUCUUCCAACACAUCCUCCUCCCCACCAAUAUCAUCACCAACUCAAAAAUCUCUCUCUCCCUCGAACAAAAGACCCGUCUCCUCGCCCGCCAGAUCCAGCGCUUCCACGAAUACAGCGUUGGGACAGGUCGACCCAACAGCAAGAUCAUCAAGAGUCCUGACGUCAAGCUCGCUGCAGCUCUUGAGCCUGUCUUCGGCUUGUACGAGUCCGGCGACACAAAGGCCACCCAUGAGUCGUGGCCGUUUUACUGGCAGCUACCUGGCAAGGGGCGCGUCCUCACGAGAGACCUGGAGUGGUUCAGAUACAUGGGGUAUAAGCUGCUCCACAAUGGCAAGGUGAGCGCUUCAGACCUGCCCAAGGCUACUUACGAGGAGCCGCCCAAGCAGAACUGGGAUGAGCUGUACGGGCCUCCGGCCCCCCAGUACAUCGAAGUGCAGAGGGAGACCAUGUGGGCUGAGACUGGGAACGAUGACGCUUGGCCUCGAGUCAACGAAAAGCCAAAGCCGCAAGUCACAGUCUUUGAACGCAGAGGUCAAGACACUGGGGAGUACCUGUCUUCCCAGAAUCUGGCCCAUGGGCCUGAAGAUGGCGAUCUCAUCACAUUGGCUACGGACUCUGUGCCCGUCAACAAAGCUCUUUGCGACUUUGAACCCCUGUGUCUUCAAUAA